AUGGAUUUAUAUGAGCAAGCAUGUGUUAAUGAUUCCAAAAAGGGUCUAGAAGUUGCAAUUCGAAUUGGUUUUCCUGUAAUGAUUAAAGCUUCAGAAGGUGGUGGUGGUAAAGGAAUACGAAAAUCUACAAGUCGAGAUGAUUUUGAAAAUCUUUUUCGACAAGUUCAAAUGGAAGUACGAGGUUCACCUAUAUUUCUAAUGAAAUAUGCUGAUAGUUGUCGACAUUUGGAAGUACAAAUUCUUGCUGAUCAAAGUGGACAAGCUAUAUCAUUAUUUGGUCGAGAUUGUUCAAUACAAAGACGUCAUCAAAAAAUUAUUGAAGAAGCACCAGCUGUUAUAGCACCAUCUGAAGUUCUUGAAAAAAUGGAAAAAGCAGCUGUACGUUUAGCAAAAAUGGUUGGUUAUGUUAGUGCUGGUACAGUUGAAUAUUUAUAUAAUCCAAAUGAUCAAACAUUUUUCUUUCUUGAACUUAACCCUCGAUUACAAGUUGAACAUCCUUGUACAGAAUUGAUUACUGAUGUUAAUUUACCUGCAUGUCAAUUACAGGUUGAACAACGUGACGAUGAUGAUGAUGGUAUGAGAAAAGAUGAAUCCAUUUGA